UACCUGGCAGGGUACCCCGCCGGUAAUUCGCGCACGUGGACCUGGAAGUCCCGUGUUUCACGCACUGCUCGUUGUUUCUUUUCGCGGUACUUUGAGUUCCUCGCACGCAAUACAAUUCUGACAGCUCGGAAUAUGAAUAAACGGUCACAUAGACCGUUGCCGUUCGCGAUGCUGGUGCUGGUGCUCGUGGUGCAGGUGAUCACGACGAUCGUACCCGCGGCGACUAUCGGACCACUGUCCAGAUCACUGAACUUCGACGACGUUCGCCCGGAAGAGGACGACAACGCCAUCGUCGUCGAAGCCGCAAUCGAUCCAGAUCAAUUCGAAUCGAGGGAGAGUCGGGGUAUUCUUUGGAACGGAGCUACGGCUCGCGAGACUUGCCUGACUUCAAAAGGCGAAGUCGGUCGGUGCACGACCUUCAAGGAAUGCUAUCCGUACUUCAAAAUACCCGACCUCGGUGCUUUGGACGGCUGGGUCCUUGGUGUUUACGACACAUGCAGCUAUAUCCGCGAGGAUGGAAACCCGAGCUUCGGGAUCUGUUGCUCGAAUUUACAUCCCUUCGUCACGCCUGACCCCGAUAACUGCGACAAUCCUACUGCAGACAAUCCGCAAGUGGAGGACAAUAAGAAGAAAAGCGAAAACGCGGAGAUAGCACGACCUCAAGCUGUACCUACUUGGCCACCUCAGGUUCCCACACAUCCGCCCGAUCACACGAUACCGCCACUUCCGACUCAUCCACCUUCGCCUGGUCUACCGACGUAUUCAACUACGCAUUCAACUACGUAUUCAACUACGUUGAAACCAAGUAGCACAAGCUCUAAGAGACCCAGCGUCGCUACUACGUGGCCGACGAAGAAGCCGGAAUGGUGGAUCACGUCGUCGACGGCCCCGUCGACGACCAACAAGUCCCCGAUCAACGACGACAAUCUCUCGCAGUGCGGUGCCAAGAAUGGCAAUCAAGAUCAAGAGCGUAUUGUUGGAGGGAAAAAUGCAGACCCGGGCGAAUGGCCGUGGAUGGUCGCGCUCUUUAACGGUGGACGACAAUUCUGCGGUGGAUCGCUCAUUAAUAACAAGCAUGUGUUGACGGCAGCGCACUGCGUUGCAAAUAUGAAUUCUUGGGAUGUUGCGAGGUUGAUAGCGCGCCUAGGUGACCAUAAUAUUAAAACGAAUAACGAGAUUCGUCACAUCGAGAAACGCGUGAAGAGAGUCGUGAGGCACAAAGCCUUCAACUCUCGUACACUCUACAACGACGUGGCACUUCUUACGCUAAGCGAGCCCGUGGAAUUCACCGAACAAAUACGACCUAUCUGUCUUCCUAGCGGAUCGCAAUUGUAUUCCGGCAAGACGGCGACCGUUAUUGGAUGGGGUUCUCUGAGAGAAAGUGGGCCGCAACCAGCGAUUUUGCAAGAAGUUUCAAUACCAGUGUGGUCAAACAGCGAAUGUAAAUUGAAAUACGGUGCGGCGGCACCAGGUGGUAUAGUUGACAGUUUCUUAUGCGCUGGUCGAGCUACUAAGGAUUCAUGCUCGGGCGACAGCGGAGGACCUUUAAUGGUGAACGAUGGUCGCUGGACACAAGUCGGUAUUGUAUCAUGGGGUAUAGGCUGUGGUAAAGGACAAUAUCCAGGCGUGUACACAAGAGUGACACACUAUUUGUUGUGGAUUUAUAAAAAUUUAAAGUAGAAGACAGCACACGUAUCUACCGCCACGUUUCUUUCGCACUGUCGCUGUUUCUUCGACAAGAAAGAUUGUCGAAGAAACGCAGAAUCGAUCAUACUCGCUUCGAAAAAUGUGAUAAAAACCGUCGAGCCCUAAAGAGCUUCAUAGCGAUAUUUAAAAAAUAUCCGUUUUUAUAGUUAAAAGCGAAAACAUAUCGCUUCUCUAAGAAAAUUUGAUACUACGUUAAUUUUUUUUUAAUUACGUGACAUUUUAAGUUUCAUGUCAUCGCGCUCUAUACGUUCUCUCAUCGUUAAA